CUUCAUUUCCACAGUUUCUGUGUCCUUGGAAAGGCAAAGUUUGCUUUGCUUGGGCAUGUCUGCUGUCAGUAAGUGACUGCAGGAGCUGAGGUGCUAAACUCCACAGUCUCCAGAAACCAGAAGAAAUUUUCAGGGAAACCCAUUGGGGUCACUCUUCUCCCUCUGGGCUAUGGCGCCUCUGAGCCCACUGAGUGGCCAGAUCAACUCUACCUGUGGGGCGGAGAACUCCACAGGCGCCAGCCGGGCCCGCCCACACGCCUACUAUGCACUCUCCUACUGCACGCUCAUCCUGGCCAUCGUCUUCGGCAAUGGUCUGGUGUGUGUGGCAGUGCUGAAGGAACGGGCUUUGCAGACCACCACCAACUACCUGGUGGUGAGCCUGGCCGUGGCAGACCUGCUGGUGGCCACCUUAGUGAUGCCCUGGGUGGUGUACCUGGAGGUGACAGGUGGAGUCUGGAACUUCAGCCGCGUUUGCUGCGAUGUUUUCGUCACGCUGGAUGUCAUGAUGUGUACCGCCAGCAUCCUGAACCUCUGUGCCAUCAGCAUCGACAGGUACACCGCGGUGGUCAUGCCAGUUCACUACCAGCAUGGCACAGGACAGAGCUCCUGUCGGCGCGUGGCCCUCAUGAUCACAGCCGUCUGGGUACUGGCCUUUGCCGUGUCCUGCCCUCUCCUCUUUGGCUUCAACACCACAGGAGACCCCACUGUCUGCUCCAUCUCCAACCCUGACUUUGUCAUCUACUCUUCAGUGGUGUCCUUCUACCUGCCCUUUGGUGUGACUGUCCUCGUCUAUGCCAGGAUCUACGUGGUGUUGAGACAGAGGAGACGGAAACGGAUCCUCACUCGACAGAACAGUCAGUGCAUCAGUGUCAGACCCGGCUUCCCUCAACAAUCUUCCUGUCUGAGGCUGCACCCCAUUCGGCAGUUUUCAAUAAGGGACAGAUUUCCUUCAGAUGCCACGGGGCAAAUGGAGCAUUCGGAAGAUAAACAGUAUCCCCAGAAAUGUCAGGACCCUCUCUUGUCCCACCUGCAGCCACUCUCCCCUAGCCAGGCACACGUGGAGCUGAAACGCUACUACAGCAUCUGCCAAGAUACUGCACUGGGGCAACCAGGCUUCCAAGAAGCUGGAGGAGAGUUGAAAAGGGAGGGGAGGACUCGGAACUCCCUCAGCCCCACCAUGGCACCCAAGCUCAGCUUAGAGGUUCAAAAACUCAGUAACGGCAGGUUGUCAACGUCUCUAAAGCUGGGGCCCUUGCAGCCUCGUGGAGUGCCACUUCGGGAGAAGAAGGCAACCCAGAUGCUGGCCAUUGUGCUUGGGGCAUUCAUUGUCUGCUGGCUGCCCUUCUUUUUGACCCACGUUCUCAAUACCCACUGCGGAGCCUGCCACGUGUCCCCAGAGCUUUACAGCGCCACCACGUGGCUGGGCUACGUGAACAGCGCCCUCAACCCCGUGAUCUAUACUACCUUCAAUGUCGAGUUCCGUAAAGCCUUCCUCAAGAUCCUGUCUUGCAGAAGGAGAGGAGAGCAUACUCCCUGUGCCCACCCUUAG